UGGUGGUAAUAAUCAAUGUGAAUAUUGUAUGGAUGCUAGUAUAAUCGGCAACAAUAAUGAUGAUGAUGGUGAUGGUGAUGGUAGUAAUGUUCGAAAUAAUAAAUGUACUAAUCAUCAUUUGGUUAUGAACAACGAUCAUGUUAGUAAUAAUGAUGAUGAUGUUGAUGAUCAACAGCAACAAUCAGCCAUUAUAAAUUGUAUUGAAACGAAUCGAAAUAAAAAUCCAUCGUCAUUUGAUGAUCAUCAUCAUAAUCAUAAUCAUAAUAUUAGCCAUCAACAUCAACGACAAAAAAUUAUUAAGAAUGAUUCAACUAAAGAAGACGAAGAAAACGAUAGAUUUAUUAAACAACAGAAUUGUGAUUGUGUUGUUUGUGUUGAUCAACAACAACAAAAUAUAUCAAACAAAAUCAACAGUUUUAGGAACGAAAAAUUUAUUAAUCAACAAUCAUCAUCAUCAUCAUUAAUGGCAUCAUCAGCAAUGGUGGUUGUUGAUACCCAGCAACCUUCUUCUUCUUCAUCAUCAACAUUGACCAGUGGUCAUAAUAAUAAUAAUAAUAAUAAUUGUCAAAGACAUUAUCAUUCUCAUUCUAAUCAUAAUUGUCACCAUUAUCAUCAUAAUAAUGAGCAAUCAACAAGUCGAACAUUGACAAAUAUACAUCACCAACAACAACAGGCAUCAAAUGCUGCUAUAUCGACAACUACAAUGAAGAUGAUGAUGGAUGACGACGAAUCAUCAUCAAUGAUCAAUAAACAACAGCAACAACAAUGUUCACCAUCAUCAUCAUCAUGUUGUUCAUGUUCAACAAAAUCUGUGAUAAAUUCAAAUUCAAAUUCAAAUUCAAAUAUUACUACUACAAAUAAUAGUAAUAAUCAUGUUCAACAGCAACAACAACAACAACAACAACGAAAAUCAAAUUGUUCGUGUUGUCAAACGAUGAAUGCUCAACAACAACAACCAUUAUCAUCAUCAAUGAUUGGUGUUGAUGAAACAAGAUCAAUAACAUCGACGACAGCGAUGAUGAUGGAUAAAAAUUGUCAUAAUAAUAAUGUGAAGAAUAUGUAUUGUGAUCAACAUUGUUAUGAAUGUCAAAUGAAAGAUAACAAUAUCAUUGGCAAUGAUAAUGAUAGUAGUGAAGAUCAAGGGAUUGUAUUCGAAGCAAACAGUUGCCGUAAUGAUGAUAAUGGCAAAGAAGAUGUAAAACUUCGCCAUCGACCUGGUCGUCGUCAUCACCAUCAUCAUCAUCAUCGACAUCAUGAUAAUGAUGGUGGUCAUUCUAAAUUGUCUUCCACAGAAUCUGCAUCAUCAUCAUCGUCAUCAUCAGCUGGUUCAUCAUUAGAGUCAUUACCAUCAUCUUGUCGUCAAAAAGAACAGCAAGACAACAACAACAACAAACAACGACAAGAAUCAUCAUCUUCAAAAUGUGAUGUUAAUUCUCAUACAAGUGAUAAUAAAUCUGAUUCAACAUUAUCGAAUGUUCAAGAAUCGAAUAAAUCAAAUAUUAUAGUGAAUAAAUCAACAACAGAACAACAACAACAACCGAAUUCAUCGAAAACAGCAAAAACAGUUUGUAGUGAAGAUGUUUUGGAUCAAUCAUCGGAUGGUCGAUAUUUGAAAUUAGAAGAGAUUGGUCGUGGUUCAUUUAAAACUGUCUAUAAAGGAUUAGAUUCAGCUAGCGGUGUUGCUGUUGCAUGGUGUGAACUUCAGCAGGAACGAUUGAAUAAAAAUGAACGACAACGUUUUCGUGAAGAAGUUGAAAUGCUCAAAGGUCUACAGCAUUCAAAUAUUGUACGUUUUUAUGAUUAUUGGGAAGUCAAUACACCGAAACGUAAAUACCUCGUACUCAUUACUGAAUUAAUGACAUCGGGGACGCUAAAAACUUAUCUACGACGUUUCAAGAAAAUAAAUCUUAAAGUAUUGAAAUCAUGGUGUCGACAAAUAUUGAAAGGAUUGAAUUUCCUUCAUUCGCGAACACCACCUAUAAUACAUCGUGAUCUUAAAUGUGACAAUAUUUUCAUUACCGGUACAACUGGUUCAGUCAAAAUUGGUGAUCUUGGUUUGGCUACAUUGAAAAAUCGUUCGUUUGCUAAAUCGGUAAUUGGUACGCCGGAAUUUAUGGCCCCUGAAAUGUAUGAUGAACAUUAUGAUGAAAGUGUCGAUGUCUAUGCAUUCGGUAUGUGCAUGUUGGAAAUGGCAACCGGUGAAUAUCCAUAUUCAGAAUGUUCAAGUGCAGCACAAAUCUAUCGUAAAGUAUCAUCUGGUGUGCCACCAAAUUCAUUGGCGAAAGUUGAACAAUCCGAAGUUCGGCAAAUAAUUGAAAUGUGUAUCAAAUUGAAAAAAGAAGAUCGUCCCACUGUUAAGGAAUUGUUGCAGCAUGAUUUCUUUCAAGAAGAUACUGGAUUCAAGGUGGAAUUCGUUAACCGUGAAGAAGCAGUCGCUAGUUAUGAAACACAAGUUGAACUACGAAUAUUCAUCACUGAUGCUAAAAAGCGUAAAGAUAAAUAUAAGCAAAAUGAAGGAUUGGAAUUUGGAUUCAAUUUCGAUAAAGAAGCUGUGGAAGUUGUUGCUAAAGCAUUGGUCGAUAAUGGAUUCUUGGCCGAAGAAGAUGUACGCAUCGUAUGCCUGUUGAUUAAAAAUCAGAUUUCAUUGCUAUUGAAGGAUCGACAACAAAUGUUGCUAUCGCAACAGCAACAAGCAAACCAGGCUAAUGGCAAAGAAGGCACAGACGAUGCUGAUACAACAGCAAUGACAGCUGCCGAAACAAAUAUUCGUUUCGAAAUGAUACAAAAACAACAGAAACAAUAUAAACACACGGAAAUACCUGUAAAUCUGAUGGAAGAGUCGGUUGCCGUUUUUGCACCCGGUAAUGUAGAAGGUUCACCAGAGAAUACAGUGGUACCAGGUCAACAAUCUGCCGUUAAUUCAGCUGCUAAUUCGGUGGUCAAUGUCCAAGUGAAUCAAGAUCUACAGUUGAAUCAAUCACAAGCAGCGACAUGCACUAAUAAUCAACAACAACAACAACAGCAAACAACACAAUCAUCAGCAACUGACUCAUCACCUGUUACAUCGACUAUUCCAGAAUCAAAUUUUUCGACCAAUACUACCGUAGCCGUAGGUGAAUCACAAACAACAUCAUCAUCGGUUGGUUCGAUUCCAUCGAGGGAACAAUCAUCAACGUCAGCCGAAUCGACAUUAUCAUCAACUACGGCUGUUGUGGGCAAUUCUAGUGCCAUUUACAAUCAGCAACAGCAACCUUUUUUAAAUCAAAAUGAGCUUAAAUUACCGCUUACAAGCGUUGCAUCAUAUCCGAUCAUAUCAUCAUCAACGACAACAACAUCAUCGGUUCCAAAUGGAACUCAACAACAGCAACCUACACAAACGACUUUAUCGCCAACAUUAUCGAUGCCACCAUCAUCAAGUGGACAAACAUUUACAUCUGCUGUGGCAACAGGUCAGCAAUCGUUUUCAACAACGACAUCUUCGGUACCGGGUACACCCACAAUGAAUACGGCUGCUAAUCUAUCGAGACCUCCAUCACCAACAUCUUCGUCGAAUCAACCACAACAGCCAACAACGGAUUCUAAUCAUCCGAUUGGAUUGUCAAAUAAUUCCAGCCAGAGCAAUAUGAUAGCUGCUGCUACUGCACAAGCAUCGACAAUAUCGGUAUCACAGCAAAUGGCUAAUCAACAACAAUCAUCGGCAAUUGUUGUUGGACAAACUAAACAGCCAUUAACAUCAACUUCAUCAUUGACAGCUGCAGCCGGUUCCAAAUUGCCAUCCACUAAAAAAGAUCAAGAUCAUAUUCAAUCGAAUCUAGAAUCUAAAUUAACAGAAAUUUUCGCUCCAACAUUGGCAUCAUCAUCAUCGGCUAAUCUUGUUCGAACAUCAGAAAUGCAUUCACAUUCAGCAGCGCCAACACCUGCACCGGCUACUGCACCACCAGUUAAUAGUAAUCAAUUAACAAAUCAAUUGAAUGCUCAUCUGAUGAAUGUACAGCCAACACCAUCACAACAACAACAACAACAACAUUCAUUGACACAAUUACAACAACAACAACAACAACAACAACAACAACAACAACAACAACAACAACAACAACAACAACAACAACAGCAGCAGCAGCAACAACAACAACAACAACAACUUCAACAUCCACCUCCUCCUACCAAUCAACAACCACAACAACAACAACAACAAUCGAAUUCAUUAGGUCAUUCAGAUACCGAGUCAUUGCGACCAUCUUUAGUCGCCCAACAACAACAGAUAAUUGCCGCUGUAUCAAAUCCAGUUACAAUAACAUCCACCGCUACUUCGGUUAGCGCAGCUACAACCACAACAACAGUACCAACAUCAUCAAUAGCAUUGGAACAAUCGUUAGCCAGUAUUAUUUCAACGACGAAAACAACUGCGGCUAUAAAUAAAACAAUAACAACGAUGGCUACGAUAAAUAAUACACUGCCCAAUAAUACAAUGCAAUCUGGUCAGAAUGGUAAUAAUCAACAAGCUAAUAACAUAACAGCUAGUCUAACAACAACAACAUCAACAACAACAUCAUCAUCAUUAUCAACUGCAAUUGAUAAUGGCCAAACUAAUAAUUCUGUAGCUACUAAAAGAUUUUCAAGAUUUUCCGUUACACCGGUAACGGAACCAGUACCAAUACAAGCAAUACAAGCACAGCCAUCACAAUUACCACAUAUGCUUUCAAAAUCACCGUCUUUCGAUAUGAUGACAUCUCAACAAAUGCCAGCUAGUCACACACAAACACAACAACAGCCACAAUCACUGGUCGUUGAUUCGAAUAAAAUUGAUUCUACAUCCACUAUGAUAACUAAUGGUGGUGGUGGUGACAGUUCAUCCACAACAUCAUCCUCAUCAUCGUCACCGACACCAACCGGUGUUAAUGACACUAAUCUUGUACCACCAACAACAUCGGCACAUCGUACAUCACGUUUUAUUGUAACACCAGCCGAAGUUCAAUUACCAACAACAACAAUAGUGUCAUCAACAACGAAUGUUGUUGACUCAAAUUACAAAGAUUCUUGUUCACAAACCUCACCCGGUUUACUCAAGAAUGAAAAGAAAGUACCGAAUUUAACGGACGCUGAUGCUCAACAGCAACCAUUAGUGAAUGAAGUUAGCCAUUCGGAUAGUAAAUGUUCACUUAGUUCUGGUUCAUAUGAAUCUGCUAGUUCAGCAUUAUCGGAAAAUGCUGAUGGUGGUUGUCCAUGUUCACCAACGGCUAAUGAACCGGUAAAACCAUUUGGUCAACCGAAUGUACCAUCCUUACCAGUUACAACGGCAUCAUCAUUAACAUCGGAUGAAGAUGAAGAAGAUGAUGGUCAUCAUUCUGAUGGUUGUCUUAGCGGUACAACCGGUGGUUCUAACAAUAAUGGUGCAUCUCUUGAUCCAAAUGUCAGUCCUGAAAUGACCAAUUCAACUGGUGAUAGUAGCUAUAAUACAUAUCCAUAUGUUUCACUUCGACGUUAUGCUUCGGCAUUGGAUCUUUCCAAACAAAACGAUGUUGUUGUCGUUGUUGAUGAGAAUGGUGCACCUACACUGGUAAAGACACCAAUGAAAUCAUCAAUUGUGGCACCAUCAACACCGGUCGUUUCGAAUCAAAAUGAAGUUUUACAACAAUAUUUGACCAAUUAUCAGAAUUACAUUGAUCCAGCAAAUGUGGUGACUGAAUCAACGCCAAAUAAAGAUAAAUUAAUACAACAAACGGCAAAACCUACACCAAUGUUGGCCGAUUGUCAGCAACAGCAAUCAUCAUCAUCGUCGUCGUCGUUACCAUCAUCACGACGUCCAUCGACAAAUUUCGCACCAAGUCAAUUAGCAUUAGCAUCACAAUUGGCUAGCGGCCUUCAUCAACCAACUCGAGUUUUCAUACGUAUUCCUGUCAAAGAUGUUGGUAUUCAAGUUGAUCUUGAUAAUAGUAAAUCUAUCGUUGGAAACAAUCUACAAGAUAUAGGAACCAUAACUGAUCAUUAUGAUAAUGAAACUAAUCCACAACCACCAACGACACUAACAUUGUCGCAAUUAUCAGUGAAAGAUCAACAAUUUCUGUUACAUCAAGCUGUACAAUAUGUAUUGAUGAGUCUACAACAGAAUAUGGGAUUCUUAGCACCACAACUCUUGGCUAACGCUCAACAGCAGCAACAAAAAAUUUCAUUACAAAAAACUUCAUCAGCAUCUAUGGUGCCUACUACAUCGACAAUAGAUCAUCAAUUAUUGUCGGAUUCGAAUGCGGCUAAACAAAAUCGAUCAGUUUCUGUUGAUAAUGGCCAAUUAAGCAAGAAUGCACAUCAAAUUUGGCAACAGCUUCAACAACAACAACAACAGCAGCAGCAGCAACCACAAUUGAUAAAUACUCAACCACAAACGACGAAUCGAUCCAUAGGAUUGGAAAAUUUUGUCAAUUCAUGGCCAGAUUCAUCAACCACAUCAGCUGUGAUUAAUGGAACAUUUGAUUUUUCCGGUUUAAAGUCAUCAACAAAUAUGGCUCCAAAUCAAACCGAUUCUCUUGAUUCGGAGUUUGAUUAUCUUGUCAAAAGACAUGAAUUGGAGCGUAAAGAAAUGCAACAACGACAACAGGAUGAGAUUGAUAAACUAAAAAAUCUACAACAUAAACAACUUAAUCACCAGCAACAACAACAACAACCAGCAGGGGAAGUUAGUAAGAAACCACCAUCGGGAACUCAACAACAGCAAUCGGCUUUGACGUCAUCAUCGAAAUCAUCAACACCACCACAACAGCAACAACAACAACAACAAUCUGGUAUAAAUAGUCCGAAUUCUGGAUCUAUGACGACAACUGCAUCUGUAUCGAAUUCUAAUGCAAGCAUUACAAAUAAUAAUAACAAUAACAACCUUAUGAAUGAUGAAUUAUUGAUGAGAAUGUUGCAAAAAUUUACGAUGAAUUCAAAUCCAACCGGAACACAGGUAUUACAACAAACUCAACCAACAGCAUUUACAUUGAAUCAGAUACGUGAAGAACAGAAUAAAAAAUGGAUGAAUUCACCAUCGGGAACGGCAACACCGAUAACAACGACCAAUAAUGUCAUAUCAUCAUCAUCAUCAUCGGCAUCAUCAUCACCGAUAAAACGUACAGUUAGUUUGACCAAUGCUGUUGCUUUGGCUCAAUCAAAUUCACAAUCGCAACCACAACAACAACAACAACAAUUGAAUAUGACCGGCAGCAGCAAUAAUUUAGCCCAACGAACUGCAUUGAAACAGACUCGAUCUUCAAAUACGGUUAAUAUGGUUAAUAAUAAUGGAAAUGGUGCACGCAAUUCAACUUCAACCAAUAACAAUAAUCAAUCGUCCCAACAACAUUCCAAUCAACAAUCGACAAUCCAACAACAACAACAACAACCACAAACUGCUAAUAACAGUACGACGACAUCCAGCACAUGAAAUUAAAUUUUUUAAUUGAAUGAAGCUGAGGAUUCUUUUCAUGAAAAACAUUAUCCACAUUCAUUCUAUUCAUCCUUCAUCGAGACCCAUCCAUCAUCUUUUGCAUUACAAUUUAAGAAAAUGCCUAACAUUUACUCAUGAUUUAAGAUUGUGAUGAUUGCAAUCGGCAAAAUUUUUUUAUCCAUUAUAAUAAUAACAUUUCAUUCGUUUCAUCAUUUCUACAUAAGAAAAACAUGGCCACCAGUUCAACAACAACAACAAACACAAACAUUGUUUCACUUGUCUUAUUUAUUCUUAUUGUCAUUAUUAUUAAUUUUUCACUGAUUCAUCAACAUUCAUUCAAUUCACACACAUAUUUGUAUUUUU